UCGGGCGACGGUUGGCCUCCCGCCGUUGCCGGGGCGACGACUUUUAAAACUUUUUAAAAAUUAAACGGGGAAGUGGGGAAGAAAAGUAAGUGCAGCGCCUUCUUCCUUCCCCCGGGUUCCCUAUAUCACUGUGUUUUGACGAUUUGGAAGAGAUCGCGUUGUCGAAAAUAAGAGGUUGUCCGCCAGCGGCUGGGUCAAAGGUCGAGGGGGUUAAGGUGAGGGGGAAGACACGAGAUGGCGACAGAUUGAGUGAUGGCAGGCAUUCAGACUCAUCGCUGUUGAAGAUGAAGACAGACGCCUUGACCUUCCUGAGAAAGAUGUAUGCCCCUCCAAACUACACAGAUGAAGACAGUCUCCCUGUUCGGGCAGUGCCAAGACCGCUGGAUGUAGAGCCAGUUCGGGUGGACUCCCUCUCUGACCUGGAUGUAUCCCUGACACCAGACAAGAUCGGAAAAUCCGUGGGAAUACUGAAAAAGCGAGAGGGGCCGGGUGGCGAUGUGGCGAGCGGGAGAGUCAGCAGGCGGCAGGUACGGUUUGACACUGGCUCUGCUUCAGAGGGCUCUGACAAGAAAGCUUUAAUCUCAGAUGACCCAGAUCGCCAGGAGGAGGGCACAAGGGCUGUGGACACAGCUCUGGAACUGGCUUCCGAGGAGACAGAAUCAAAUGUUCAGACUGUGACCAAUCCAUCCUCCAUUGUCUCCAGCGACCGCAAGGAUAAAGGCCCCAGAGACCACAUUGACUCAUGGAAGACCAGAGCAAUCAAAGCAGCCAGACCAAGCAAGGCUUGCAAACCUCCGAAGCAGGGAGGGCUCCUGGGUGGUGCGGAGGACCAUGGGGCCCCUCCCCUGGCCACCCCAGAGUAUAACACCACCCUGGCACUAGGGCAGGAGCUGCAGCGGCUGAGGGAAGCAGGCUUUGAUGCGAAGAAAGCUGCCGCAGAGCAGCUGAAGAGGUCAUCGGUGACACGGAAUUGCAUAGAAGGGAAAGUGGCUGAAGGCCUGAAUGUUCCGAAGGACCAGCAACGUUACAAAGGACUGGUGAGCUUGGAGGUGCCUGUGGAUGAGGUGCUGAGCGUGGCUGCACAGGAGAAAAUGCUGCUGGUCAAACCUAGGCCAGAGAGCAAGAAGCAGGUUACUGAGAUGGAAGCUCCCAAUCUGAUGAUGUUCUAUGAUCCCCUGGAACUGUUAACCGAGACUCCUUACCUCUCUGUGGAGGGCCUGCCAGUCUUAAAGGUGCGACCACAGCCAAAACCUGCUGCUUCAUCUUUUGACCUUUUUCGCAAGCUAAAACAGUGGGAGGCCUAGCAACAGGAAGAUUGCAGUUUGGAAUGCUAGGGGAAUGUAUAUUCUGAGUAGAAAUUUCAUAUAUAAUAUAUAUUAGUCCUUUCAGCUGUAUAAAAUAAUUCCCAAUUAUGUUGAUGAUAACUGGCAAAUAUUGGGACAUUUCAAGACAGGACACUGUGAAACUAGAAAUUGAGCAAAGUAUUUUAACAUUGAAAUAUGAAUGUGUCAUGCCAGAAUAAGGUUUUAUUUUCCACUUUAUGCUGCUUAUGUCAGUAUUCUGAGACUUUCCCUCGCAGUAAACAUUUCCUGAGUCACUAAUACCAACAAGCACCUUUCUCAGUUGAGGAUUUACCCAUCAAUGUAGUGGGCAGCCUCUUACUAAACCUCCAAGCUCACUGAGUUGAAAUGGGUCAAGCCAGCUCGUAAGGUACAUUAUAUCAACCAGGACUAUGAGGGGCAGACUGCCAAGGCUCUACCCCCACUCUUAUGCCACAGGGCCAACACCUUUGGGAGUAUGCAAAGAAAUUCAUCAAGUUUCUCUUCCUGCCAAUGCCCUACCUGAAAUAGGCCGAGCCUUCUGUCUGGACUCUACAGAGAUGGGCAAUAAUGGUUCUAGGUUCAGCAUCACCUUGUUAUGGGGACACUGUUGAAAACCAGCUUAUGCGAACAAGCAAUGGAUGCAGCUGAGCAGUUAGUCUGAUCUUGGUGCUGGUAAUUGAAAAGGAGUAACUAUUACGUGGCUCUUAAUUCCUCCCCAACAAGUAGCAUUUAUGAGUUUGAUCAUCACUCAACUUUUUAGUGCAUGUUGCCAAUCUUAAACAAUACAGAUUUUGUAACUUGUUCACGAUAAACCGAUGGAAGCAUAUUUUUAUACGAAUUAAAGCUCUGAUUCUUUUCCUA